AUGAUGGCGAACACAAAUACGAAUACAAGGAAAGAUAUGGAUCGGAUCAAAGGGCCGUGGAGUCCUGAAGAGGACGAAAUGUUACAGCAUCUGGUUCAAAAACACGGACCCAGAAACUGGUCUCUGAUCAGCAAAUCCAUACCCGGAAGAUCCGGAAAAUCAUGCCGGUUACGAUGGUGUAACCAGCUAUCUCCACAAGUUGAGCACAGAGCUUUCACUCCCGAAGAAGACGAAACCAUUCUCAGAGCUCAUGCCCGGUUCGGGAACAAGUGGGCCACCAUAGCCCGACUUCUAUCGGGCCGGACCGAUAACGCGAUAAAGAACCACUGGAACUCUACGCUCAAGAGGAAGUGCUCGUCGAUGAGCGGUGAAGAAGGUAACGAUUUUUCAAACGAACAGCCUUUGAAGAGAUCGGUUAGUGCCGGGUCGGCUUUACCGGUUUCGGGUAUUUACUUGAGUCCGGGAAGUCCUUCCGGAUCCGAUGUGAGUGAUUCGAGUCUUCCUGUUAUGUCUUCGACUCUUGUGUAUAAACCUGUAGCGAGAACUGGAGGCAUCGGUGUUUUGCCGCCGCAGCCUCAGGUCGAAACGACGACGUCGUUGUUUAAGAAUGAUCCACCUACUUCGCUUAGUCUAUCACUUCCUGGUGUCGAUUCGAUGGAGAUAUCCGAUUCGACUCGCUUGGCCGAGUCUACCGAAGUGGCCAAUCCAAUCCAGUUGUUUCCAUCGGUGAUGCUGCCUCCUCCACCAUCCCCACCUCCUCCCGCGACAACGGUGGUGUCGAUUCAACAAUUUCCGGUGACUCAGCAGAAUCGCCUCGAAAUGCGUCAUUUUGGAUCGCCGGUUUCUCAGGCGGGGCCGAUGCAAAAGGUUACAGUCAAUCAACAGAAUCACAUCCAAAAAGGUGAUUUCGGAUCAUCGGUGCCGUUGACUAUGGCAAUGUCAACGACGAUGAAUAACCAGACCGUGGAGUUCGGUGGAGUUCCGGUUUCAUUGCCUCCGGGGGUGGAUCAGCAGGACAAAGUGUUUGUGCCGUUCAGUACAGAGUUGUUGGCGGUGAUGCAAGAGAUGAUUAAGGAGGAGGUUAAAAACUAUAUGCAAGGGUUUGCGCAACAACAGCAGCAACAUCAGAGUGGAAUUGGGUUGUGUAUGCAGCAAGCUAAUGCCGAUGGAUUCAGGAAUGUGGCGGUGAAGCGCAUCGGGAUCAGCAAGAUGGAUUAG